UUUUUUUCUUACAUUUUUGUUCUCAAUCUGUCGACCUUUCUUGUUUCUUGCUCAACCGCGAAGCAGGACAACACCAGACACUACACCAAACUAUACAGAUCCAGCCCAUCCAAGUACCUGCUACGACCUCACAGGGUACCUAGGUAGGUAGCUAAGUUGCAAUAUGCCGUGGCUCGAGCUCACACCACCGCUGCCACUGCCCGCGCCUCCUCGCGCCAACAAACUUAAGACACUACCGACUGAGAUUUACACUACGACGCUGAACUACCUGCUUUCGAACGACUUGAUACUGCGUCAGACUUUACCCUACCUACCGCCGUCCUCUGUCUUCAAGCUCGCCGCCACCUCGCGCGACUUCCGCAGCUUGAUUUAUCACACGCCUGGUGCGCUCCGCCAUCUCGAUCUUACUGAUGUCAAGGCCGCACAUCUCGGCAGCGAUGGACUAGAUGGAUUCCGCGACGGAGGCCAGCCUGACGGGCUGAUUACUGAAGACGAAUACUACUCCGCUCCCCUCCGCAACAUCUUCAACAAGCUCGACCGCGCUAGUCUUUUACCCUCUGUCCAGACACUCAUACUGGACGGUCUCUCUGUGACCGCAGAGCUAGUCCAUGACCUCAUCACAGACACAUCUCUCAACAUUCGCAUUCUUUCCCUUCGAGGAGUCAAGAACCUUAACGAAGGAAAGCUACAGCAAAGCCUGCAAACCGUUUGCAGACCUGGCAGGCCCGUAGGAACGCCCCGAGUUCAGGGCAUAUACCUGUUCACGGCACCGUCGACCCAGGCCCGGAGCUCUACGCCAGGCUCUUCCCGUGCAUCAUCUCCAGACUCUGAAUGGGAAGUCCAAUCCGCAUGGUCCGGCAGCCAGGACAGCUGGUACCAGAGCCGCGGGCGGGCCCUUGCUCGCUCUGUAUCCCCCGAGUGGGCCCGUACGAUCCAGGCCUGCCGCGGUGUCAUAUCAUUCGACGCCAUCUUGUGCGCCGGUCCGCGCCACCUCAAUUCUCCCGCGCUCGGGCUGGUAGACGUCUCGUACGCCAGCGGCCGCGAGGUUCCACAGUGGGCCGUCGCGACGCACGCUCUCGACGGGUGCUCAGGCUGUGGCGCUGCGCCCGAGGGGAUGACUGAGUGGGGGAGGUCUGAGAGGGGUGACUGCCCGCUGCUGGAACCCGUGCCGCUGCAUUCGAGCACCGUCAAGGCAGCAGGUAGGCCGUCGCAAGCGGAGGGUGCAAGUUGCCUGAAGUGGUGGUGUGAAGCAUGCUACUCCGGCAUUGGAGGCGCCAACGCGAAGGCUGGAGUUGCGAAGGAUUGUUGGGAAUGUGGUCCGAACUGCUUCGAAUGUAUCUCGGCAACUCAGAGGACCUGCAAGAGCUGCUGUGGUGGCUAUUGUAUCAUCCAUAACGAGGGCUCGACUUCGACUCACGGUGCUGCUCCAGGGGCAGCCUGAGGACUAGAGACCUAUACUAGUCGCGCUGCCAAGUUUCUUCAUGACAUGGAUUGCUGCUGUUUAUUUCCCUUUCUCAACCUACCACGAACUCUCACCUCGGAUUUCCUCGGACCAAAAUAUCUCUACUCUUUCGUUGGCGUUUGGCUUGUAACGAAGUUAUGAAGCGUGUUUUCUUUGAUAUCUCUCCGCUCCUCUUGCCUAGCACUCCCCUCCACGAUCAAGGCUGCAUUUGCUGCUUUAAUAUCAAAUACCCAUCAAAUACUACAAUUGUUAAAAGGAAAGAUCGCGGUAGAUUUGUGCGACAUUUCAGCCGGUUCGGUCGUAAAAGGAGCCAAUAUCUUUUUCAGCAACAACAGCAGAUGACGCUAGUUCGCGGGUGCGUUUUCGUUUGAGCUCCCGUAUUGUCCUUUGUAAUGACCCGCCUUUUUAUUGUUGAUGGAGCGACACUGUGACUAUCUAGUCAGAGACAAGUUGUUCCAAGCUCAAUCAAGAAUUGUCCA